UUGGACACAUGAUUGGAUCUUUAGCCAGGUCUAAACCCCCGUCUUUGUAUCCUUCUCUACGUUUCCCUCUACCCACCCUCCUUCAAACACCUCUUCUCUCUCAAUCCCUUCUCCCACUUCCACUUCCCUUCUCCACUUUAUUAUUUCUCCCACCCCUGUCCAUCUAACAUUCUCUUCACUCUCUAGCUCUCAUUCUCUCCUGGAUUGAAGUCUCUCAAAGAUGAAGCUGCUGAGUUGGUUGCACCGCAAGUUCCGGCAGAACAGCGGCGAUGUGUUCAAAGACUUCCCGGGCGGCGGCACGUGCAACUGCCUCUCCGGGGGGCCGUCGCUGGAGGAGGAGCACCUCCGCCGCCGCCGCCACCUCAACGCUGUCCCGUCGCGGAGCCUCCGCCUCCCGGCGGCGGCGGAGUUCGUCCAAGACGGCGGUACCGGCGGCGGAGGAGGAGGGGAUGCGACGAUGGAGGAGCUCUUCGGUGGUCUUCUCGCCAUCGGGACCCUAGGGAUUGGAGCGGGGCCGAUCGACGAGGAGGAGGCGACGGCGGAGGAGGAGGGGGCGGCGACGCCUGCGUUCGGGGCGGCGGCGAUUGUGGAGGCGAUCGCGGAGAAACGGGCGGAGGCGACGACGGAGACGGAUCUGAUGGUCGUGAACGCAGAGCUGGAAAAGGUCCUGGCGGUGGAAGCGGAGAAGGCCGCCGCCGUGGCGGCCGCCGGCGACCGCCUCUCCUCCGCCCGGCCCAGCCAUGUUAGUGCCGGAUCGGCGGCGUGUCCCCUCCAAGGAUUCCUCUUCGGAUCUCCGAUCGAGAUCGCAGAGACGACGCCGGCAACCGGCGGGCGGAAGGAGAGGAGGGCCUCGCUGGGGGAGCUGUUUAUGAGGAGCCGGAUCGCGGAGGAGGGUGGCGGGAAGAGGGAGGAGGCGACGGUGGCCGGAGGCGCCGCCUGCGAUGGGGAAGGGAGAUCGACGGCGGGUAUGCACCUGAUGAAGAAGCUGAAGCGUCGGGGAUCUCGAGUCUCUGGCGGUGGUCCAGGAGAGACGUCGGCGGAGACCAAGUUCCAAAAGAUCCUGCAAAUCUUCCAUCGAAAAGUUCAUCCUGAGAACACUGCUGCAGCUAAGAAACCUGCAUGGCCAGGCAAGAAAAAUGGCAGUGACUGCAUGCAUCGAGGUGGGGGUAAUGACUUUAAUGGUACUAGGGGCGCUGCGAUGACUGCUGCCAAGGGUGCUUGCAGAAAGGAAGGCAUUCCCAAAUCCAAGUUUUGCUCUAAUUCCUCGUCUCUUGUGCUCUGUGGAAGCGACUCUAAUGGCAACCGUGAGCACUGGAUCAAGACCGAUGCAGACUAUCUGGUGUUGGAGCUGUAACAAGGAGAGGAGGCACCUACAAGUUUGGAUUCUAAAUCGGGAAGAACGGAUAUCUGUAAAUAAUUAGAAAAAGACCUACCUAUCUACUUGAAAACUGAGUGGUAUAUGUGAAUCAAUGUGUGGUUUUAUUGUUCCUAGAGUGCUUGGCAAAGAAUAAAUUUGAAAGUUUAUUUGCUGAACUCUGGCAUGACUAGUAAAAAACCAAUCAUGGUCUGCGUUCAAAGUUGCUUGUAUAAAACCCCCUAUGCACUCUUUUUUCAGUAGAGAGUGAGAUAUAGCUUCUAUUAUUUGCAC